GGCAAUAUAAAAGCUGCCACGAGUCGGCGAUGUGAUCGAGAGUCCAUCUUGAACAGUAGUCGCAGGCUCACGGAGCUGAAACAGAGGCUAAAAGAUAAAGUCGCGAUGGCCGACGACAGUGAGCAGCAGUUCAUGGAGACCUCGGAGAACGGAAACGGAGAGGAGGAGCUGAACGGAGCGACGGGCGCGGACACCCAGCUCGAGGCGGGAGGAGAGGCCGCUGAGGCCGAGUCGCAGAACGGAGCGGCGGACGGAGGGCAGAUCGAAGCUAGCAAGGCAGAGGAGGACGCCGGCAAAAUGUUUGUUGGCGGUCUUAGCUGGGACACGAGCAAAAAAGAUCUUAAGGACUACUUCUCAAAGUUCGGUGAGGUGACGGACUGUACCAUCAAAAUGGACUCUAACACGGGCCGGUCACGUGGUUUUGGGUUCAUCCUCUUCAAAGAGGCAGCAAGUGUGGAAAAGGUGUUGCAGCAAAAGGAACACCGGCUAGAUGGAAGACAGAUUGAUCCCAAGAAAGCGAUGGCAAUGAAGAAGGACCCUGUUAAGAAAAUAUUUGUUGGCGGACUCAACCCUGAGACUACGGAAGAAAAGAUUCGGGAAUACUUUGGGGCUUUUGGCGAGAUUGAAUCUAUUGAACUUCCCACGGAUCCAAAAACAAGCAAGAGAAGGGGUUUCGUCUUUAUUACUUAUAAGGAGGAGUCGUCUGUCAAGAAAGUCCUAGAAAAGAAAUACCAUACUGUUAAUGGAAGCAAGUGUGAAAUUAAAGUUGCCCAGCCUAAGGAGGUCUACCAGCAGCAGCAGUAUGGUGGUCGUGGUGGUGGCUACGGAGGUCGGGGCAGGGGUCGUGGUGGCCAACACCAGAAUUGGAACCAGGGAUACGGCAACUACUGGAACCAGGGCUAUGGCAAUCAGGGAUAUGGCUACGGUGGACAGCAAGGCUACGGCAACUAUGGGGGUUAUGGCAACUAUGACUAUUCUCCUGGCUACUAUGGCUAUGGUGGUGGAUAUGACUACAACCAGGGCAAUACGAGCUAUGGGAAAACUCCAAGACGUGGAGGCCACCAGAGUAGCUACAAGCCAUACUGAUCACGUGUAGUGCAGGCCAUAAGUAUGUUCAAUCCAAGAACCCAUAACAGCAGCAAGAGGUCAUACAAGAUGGGACUCUCUCCUUUUUUUGGUAUGAUGGGACUCGUGCUCCAUUUGUACAGGACAACGGAUGAAUGGGGACGCUGUGUCUCGUUCCACACUUUUUAUUUCUUAUUUUAUUUUCUUUGUCCACAUUUCCAGUUGUGGAAGUGUAAUUUUUACUGUACUUUUUGGUACCUUUUUUGAAUCUAAUGUAUUGUAUGGUUGUAUUUUACAUGUCAACUGAAUUUACAGCGUAUGAGGAUCAUGAGCUGCCAGAGCUUUUGAAAUAAAAUGUUUGAGUAAUUUUUUUUCCGGUGUUUCCAGGAUUUACCAUUUCUUUUGUUGCUUCAAUUCACAUGCACAGACCGGAGUGGGGGGGGUGAUGGGACAAGGGGAGUGAUUGGUUUAGAGUUGUCUAGUAACAUAGCAUCUGGGUCAUGUUUUCUGCAGUUGGCAGUUUUGAUUCAUUUUGACUUUUGCGUUUUUAACUUGGUAAACCUUUAAAUGGUAGUAAUCAGUAAGAUUAAGCUUAAUGCCUGUAACAAGGUGGCUUUUCUGCCUUUAUUGAGCUCAUAUUCCUAUAGUGUAAUUGAUAAAUUGUUAGAAAUAAACCUUUUGUUUAAUAUUUGUCUAUCGUUUUGUCAUAUAUUUUUGUAAUGCUACUGCUAAUGUCUUGGGGGUUUUAGGUAAAAAAAAAAAAAAAAAAAAAAAACUUUAAAUUAAUGUUAUGGUCCAUAAGCCUACUGUUGCAUGUCUGUUUAUAUCUAGUUAACUGGACAUUCUGACUUGUUCAUCAAAAUUUGUCCAAGUUUCUUGAGUCUAGAUGACAUCUACCUUGUCCGAUUUUAAAAUCGGCACCAUGUGGCAAGACCUGCAGAUGCUUUGAUUCUGCUGAUGGUGAACGGUCUUCACUCAUGGCUAUAUGUACCAGGCAGCUCUCAGUGCAGUAAAGCUCAAGGACAAAUAUUUAAUAGUCGUUUUCUGACUUCUUGAAGAAUAUUUAGAAAUUGGUGCAUUUUGUAAAAUAUUCUGGGCCACAUCACCUGGUAGACCUGAUGCAUGGAACUCCCCUCCUUUGGAGGUUGACUUGUGUAAUUUCAUUGAAGUCUUAAAGAUGCUUGUGUACUCGGUGUGUGUUUAUGUAAUUUGGGGCAGUUGCACAAAUCUCAGCACACAUUUCUUCAGGUGCUUCCUAUACCAGUAAUGAUCCAACACACUAAGGUGGGGGGUGGAUCUGUUUGUAAUUAAAUGCAGCCUUCACUGAAAAGGGAUGGAAAUACAAAUGAUUAUUAUAUAAUCAUUUAAUUAUAAUAAAGCAAACUUAUUAUACACAGAAUUGUCCACUUUAUUAGGUAUGCAUUAUUUGUUAUUGGCACUCAUUGGCCAGAGUAUAAAGUAUUCUUACUGGCCACUUUAUUUAACAAAAGAAAAACCUACCUUAUUAGUAUACCUUGUAUGUGGAUGUACAGUUAGUCUGAUUAAGACAAAUUGUUAAAAUUAAAAAAAAAUUACCUCUGGUUUUACUAUGGGACAAAGUAGCACACCACCCAAAUAUGUUAUUAGGAGUUUAAUUUGAUGUCAUGUAUACCCUAAAAAUUUUCACUCCCCAAUACAGUUUAUGUCCACAUCUUCAGUGGAUAAUAUCACAUGGUUACUGUGGACUUGUACCGAAGGACAACACACUUGGUGGUGUUUGAAUUUACAGCAUACAGUUGUAGAGGAGUAACGACUUCUAAUCCUACAAACCGGUGUCACCCAGAAGAUGGGAUCUCUUAAGGUUCUUCACCACUGUAGCCUCAUGCCUGGAUCUUAAUGAACUAUUUGUGUAAAGCUGCUUUGUGAUAUUGUCUAUUAUUAAAAGGGCCAUUCAAUAGAAUUGCAAUAAAUGAAGAGUAUUGACUAUCAGAAGUAUUCUAUAUAUAAAUAAAAAUUGGACACUUGCUUUCUUUUUUGUAAAUAUCAA